AUCCCGCAUUUCUAAUGUAAUUGAUUAUAUUAAAUCGUUAAAAGAAGUUCUUUUUAAAGGAAUAAAAUAAGGCGAUUAAAGACAAGCUCCUCAGCAAUAAAAAAGUUAAUUUUAUGUCCAUUUUAACGUCGGAAUCGGUUUGUUUGCAUCAAGUUUGGUAGUGUGCGUGCAAUCGGCGAUGGAAUACCAAUUGACGUUUUUCGUGGCGGCUUGUUGUGACAACUUCAAUGCGGGAAAAAUAGUUGUUUUUCAACCAGCUUUACAUCUAUUUCUUUUCCUGUGCAUCAAAUAGUGAAACUUUACCGUUUUGUUGAAAUAAAAAUGGCUCCAGCAAAAGAACACGAUUCAAAGACGAGUCAGCAUGCAGCACCACCGGUCAAGAAGCCCAAGCUGGAGGAUGUGCACGAUGAGGAUGGUGGAAACAGUGGACACUUGGCCGUGAAACGGAAGCAAACUGUUACAGAUCGAUCGAAACAGUGUCCCUAUCUGGACACAAUCAAUAGACAUUUGCUUGAUUUUGAUUUCGAGAAGCUGUGUUCCGUGUCGCUGACCCGCAUCAACGUUUAUGCGUGUCUGGUGUGCGGCAAAUACUUUCAGGGUCGCGGUACCAACACACACGCGUACACCCAUUCCGUGGCGGAGUCGCACCACGUGUUUCUGAACCUAUCCACGCUUAAGUUUUACUGUUUGCCGGAUAACUACGAGAUCAUCGAUUCGUCACUAGACGAUAUCAAGUACGUGUUGGAUCCGGUAUUUACCUUGCGGGACAUUCGUAGCCUAGACCGGGAAGAUGUGAAGCAAUCGCGUACGGUUGACGGUACGUUCUAUCAUCCGGGUGUGGUAGGAUUGAAUAACAUCAAAGCCAACGAUUACUGUAACGUGAUCCUACAGGCACUGUCACACGUGAAACCGAUCCGUGACUUCUUCCUGAUGGAGAAGAACUAUGCCAACAUUAAGCGACCUCCGGGUGAUACGGCAUUUACGCUGGUGCAGCGUUUCGGCGAUCUGUUGCGCAAACUGUGGAAUCCACGGAACUUUAAGGCACACGUUUCACCGCAUGAGAUGCUGCAGGCGGUCGUAUUGUGGAGUAACAAGCAGUUCCAGAUCACGAAGCAGGGCGAUCCGAUAGAGUUUCUUUCCUGGUUUCUGCACAGUCUGCAUAAGCAACUACGAGGAAAUAAGCAACCGGACUCAUCCGUAAUUAAUCGUAGCUUUUUGGGUGAAAUGAAAAUCUACACCCGGAAACUACCACCAACGGAACUGGACGAUGUUCAGAAACAGCUACUACUGGCUACAGAUGAGUAUCAAGAAAAGGAAGAAACGUCCACAUUUCUGUAUCUGACGUGUGAUCUACCCGCGACGCCACUGUUCAUCGAUGAGCUGCGGGAAAACAUUAUCCCGCAGGUGAAUCUGUACCAGCUGUUGGCCAAGUUUAACUCAAUCUCGGAAAAGGAGUACAAAACGUACAAGGAUAAUUUUCUGAAACGAUUCGAAAUUACUCGCCUGCCAAAGUAUGUCAUCCUGUACAUAAAGCGUUUCACCAAGAACACGUUCUUCUUGGAGAAAAAUCCGACCAUCGUAAACUUUCCGGUCAAAAACGUCGAUUUUGGUGACAUAUUGACGGAGGAAAACAAAAAAACCCAUCAAUACACCAAAUACAAUCUGGUGGCAAACAUCGUGCACGACGGUGAACCCAAUUCCGGCACCUACCGGUGUCACAUUCUGCAGAAAAGCACCAACCAGUGGUACGAAAUGCAGGAUCUGCACGUGACCAACAUUCUGCCACAGAUGAUCACCUUGACCGAGGCGUACAUCCAGAUCUACGAACUGCAGGAAAACGACGAAACGUAAACCAGUGUUACUGUUCGAAGUUUUGCUUCGUAGCAUUUCAUUUACUUGUGUUUCAAUAGAUACAAUUUUACGGCUGGAAGUAAACAUAAAAUGUUUAUAUGAA